AUGCAGAAGAAUACCGACAGUUCUGGAAUAGACUCCCGAAUGUUUCCCGAUCCUGCGGAAUGGUUGGGGAUCACACCAACAAUGUUUGACGACAUACUCCAGCGUCUAAUGCCUCACAUUCAGAAAAAGUACACAAGGUUCCAUGAUGUCCUUCAUGCUGAUCUAAAGCUUGCGAUGACGCUGAGGUGCAUGGCAUCUGAGGACACGUACGCCACCUUGGCAUAUUACUUCCGUGUUGCUGCAGGAAGUGUAUGCCAUUUCAUCCCAGAAGUGUGUACUGCUCUGCUUCUGUAUAAGGAUGACGUUUUGGCCAUUCCCACUACUCCAGAGGCCUGGUGUGAAGUGGCCGCCCAAUUAAAGAGAAGGUGGAACAAGCCUCAUAGUCUUGGUGCCCUCGAUGGCAAACAUGUGGAAACCAAGAAGCCACCGAGUUCGGGAAGUUUGUAUCACAAUUACAAGGGCUUCUUUAGCAUAGUCCUUCUGGCGUUUGUCGAUGCAAACUAA